GCCAGCCCCCAGCCAAGCCAUUCAAACACAAGAGAUUCCUUCAUCUCACCCCAAAAAGUCACAGGCAUCCAGGCCUCCAUCUCAGGCUCUUGGCACAACUGCCCACGCCCUCUUCCCCUGAUGGGCACCACGGUGGCCGCCAGAUUUCCACCACUGCUGCUCACAUCACAGCUGUAACAAACUACUGAAACCAUGGAGAUGAAGCAGCCAAUGAUGACACAGGAGGAGUGCAAGACAGAGGGCGGGGGCCACGAGGAGGCACAGGAAAAUGGCCGGCUUAUGGCGGAUGGCGUGGCAGAGAAAGGGCCAAAGGCCGGCCCGCAGUCAAGCCAGGUCUCCAACGGCUACCCUGCUUCCUCACCCCAGAGCCCCACUGAGGCCUGUACCGGUGGUGGGGGGGCUCCCAGAACCCUGGUGGUCCAGCAGACUAGCUUAGAGCUCCCCCGUGAAACCUGGAGCAAGAAGAUGGACUUUCUGCUCUCAGUGGUUGGGUAUGCUGUGGACCUAGGCAACGUGUGGCGUUUCCCUUACAUCUGCUACCAGAAUGGAGGAGGUGCAUUUCUGCUGCCCUAUCUGCUGAUGGCAGUGUUUGGCGGGGUGCCCCUGUUCUACAUGGAGCUGGCACUGGGCCAGUUUCACCGAAGUGGCUGCAUCUCAAUCUGGAGGCAGGUCUGCCCCAUUUUCAAAGGAAUCGGAUUCGCCAUCUGUAUCAUCGCCCUCUACAUCGCUUUCUACUACAACACCAUCAUGGCCUGGGCGCUCUACUACCUGCUAUCGUCCUUCAGCUCCAUGCUGCCCUGGAGCACGUGUGGCAAUGCCUGGAACACCGCCAACUGCACCCGCUACACCUUCACCGACCGCAACGUCAGCUGGAGCGACCACUCCAUCUCCCCCGCCGAGGAGUUCUAUACGAGACAGGUGCUGCAGGUCCACCUCUCCUCAGGGCUGCACCAGUUGGGCACAGUCAGCUGGCAGCUGGCACUCUGUCUGCUGUUCAUCUUCACCGUGGUCUACUUCAGCAUCUGGAAGGGGGUCAAAACCUCCGGCAAGGUUGUGUGGGUGACGGCCACCCUGCCGUAUGUGGUGCUCGUGCUGCUACUCAUUCGAGGGGCCACCCUGCCCGGUGCCUGGAGGGGCGUGGUCUACUACCUGAAGCCUGAUUGGAAGAAGCUUCUUAGUACCACGGUCUGGAUAGAUGCAGCAGCACAGAUCUUCUUCUCUCUGGGACCUGGCUUUGGAGUCCUCCUGGCCUACGCCAGCUACAACCCCUUCCACAACAACUGCUACAAGGACGCUUUGGUAACCAGCUCCAUUAACUGUCUGACCAGUUUCCUGUCUGGGUUUGUGAUCUUCACAGUGCUGGGUUACAUGGCGGAGAUGCGCAACCAAGGCGUGGAUCAUGUAGCCAAGGACGCAGGCCCCAGUCUGCUCUUCAUCAUCUAUGCCGAGGCCAUCGCUAACAUGCCUGCCGCCACCUUCUUCGCCAUCAUCUUCUUCCUCAUGAUCAUCAUGCUCGGACUGGACAGCACGUUCGCCGGACUGGAAGGCGUGAUCACGGCGCUGCUCGAUGAGUUUCCGCAUGUACUGGCCAAGCGGCGGGAGUGGGCCGUGCUGGGUCUGGUGUGCAUCUGCUACCUGGGGGCCCUCUCCACCCUCACAUACGGUGGUGCCUUCGUGGUGAAGUUGUUUGAGGAGUAUGCCACUGGCCCUGCUGUCAUCACUGUGGUCUUCCUGGAGGUCAUCGCAGUGUCCUGGUUCUAUGGAACCUCGCGGUUCUGCAGCGAUGUCCAGAUGAUGCUGGGCUUCUCUCCAAGCUGGUUCUGGAGGGUGUGUUGGAUGGUCAUCUGCCCCUGCUUCUUGCUGUUCAUCAUCGGCAGCUUCCUGGCCUUCCCGCCCGAGGUGAAGCUGUUUCACUAUCUCUACCCGGCCUGGACCACGGUGCUGGGAUACUGCAUUGGCAUCUCCUCCUUCAUCUGUGUGCCCUCCUACAUGGUCUACCACCUGCUCAUCACGCCGGGCCCCUUCAAACAGCGUCUCCUGAAGAGCAUCACCCCAGAGGUUGGGGCAGCUGGAGGUCCACAUAGAGACAUCGUCACCAACGCGGUCUGACCAGGACAGCGUCUGACCCUCUACAGGACAUUUGGCGGUACUGCAGGAAGGGCACACCCCCCCAAUGACCACCCUCAUUCUGCAAUUUCUCUCUUACCUUCCAGACGUGGACAAUUUCUGCGUCCAGCUGGUUGUAUCAUGAAGGUGGGAUCUGGGCCAAAGAUGCCGUUGUUUCUAUAUUUUUUUAAUUAAUAUGUAUUUUUCGUUAUGUAAUAUUGUCACGCAUUUUGUGGCCUAAACCAGACCAAUCAGACACAACGGCUCUGAGCAAACACCUACACACCUGAUGUUUAUAUAUACACAAAAUAUAUUGUAUAACUGUGACAUUUUUACUGUUCAGUCCUGUAACUUUUCAGUGAAGUGUGUCCGCUGAUGUACGUCCGUACGUUUUACUGGAAGUGACCGUGACAACACACUUCAGAGCUUUCACAAUCAUAGUGAAUCACUCAGAUAUAUUUUUUUAAUUCGUGCGUUUUGCAGCUACGCAUUUGUUUUAUUUACGGACACGAACGGCAGCACUUUUGCAUUCGGCCUCCACUGUUACCUGUUCUGCCACUUAAGUCUUCAUGAUAAAAGGCAUAAGAACCAGUUUGUGGGCCGGAGGUCUGGGCCGGAGCUCCUGGAUGAGACUCUUCUCCAGUGGAGGUCCUGUUGAGUGGAAGGAAAGCUCCAGUGGGUUGUAUUUGUGUGUGUGUGAGCCUGUUUGUAUGUAUGUGUGUGUGUAUUUUAGCAGAUGAAAAGUUGUAUAUCAGGAUGUUGUAUGAAAUCCACGUAUCAGAUUAUAUGUACAAAAUAUAUAUGUAUGUCUAGAUUAUAUGUCUAGUCUAUUCCAAUAUAAGAUGUGUAUUUAUUUAAAAAUAUCACCACUGCUGUAAUUAAUUUGAUAUAUUCUGUACCGAAAUGUACUCGUUUGUCACAUUUAUCGUGGAGCGACACCUGUAACAUGGGUAUAUUUUUAUUGCAAACGCUGACUGUUCACACUCAUGCCAGAUUCAGGUAUAUUAACAAAUUCCUGCUCUGCAUAUGAGCACCAAAAAAGAAAAAGGUGUUGAAUGGAAGCGUCAGUAUGCACAAGGCGUGUGUGUGUGUGUGUGUGUGUGUGUGCGCUCAGUGCAUGCUCAGUAUGCACAGCGUAUGUGUGCGUGCUCAGUACGUACAGCGUGUGUGUGUAUUUGCUCAUUGCGUGCUCAGUAUGCACAGUGUGUGUGUGUGUGUGUGUGUGUGUGUGUGUGUGUGUGUGUGCGCAAGCUCUGCAAGGGGCCCGUGUGGCGUGUGUGACCCGUAAAUCCACGUGCUGGUGUCUGUCUCUGUCCCGUCUGUCCAGUGCCAUCUGUGCAGCCCUCUGUCUGAACAUGUGUUCCCUGUGUGCAGAAACUAACAGUCCAGAUCAGGAAAAAUACAUAGAUAAAUAUAUACAUAUAUAUAGAUAGAUAGAUAGAUAGAUAUAUGCAGUGUGCCAGUGUGUUUCUGUAUGACUCUGCUUUCAUUACAGGCCCCUCUGCCUCCUCACUGGUGUCUUAUAUCCUGUGAAAUACAGAGUAAACUGUACAUUUUAAGCAUAUGAUCUGUGUCAGUCUGUUAAAGGUUGUAUAUCCAUGUAAAGGAGAAAACUACAUAUAAAUGAAGAGAAAUAAAAAGGAAUAUCAAUGGA